GUCCGACCUACAUGAAUCUGUACAUGGAUGCAUCGUGAACUUCCUACUUGUCGGCUCUGUUCUGGCGGAGGGCUCCGUCCAUCCCACGGGGUUGGUUAUCUGUGCCAUGUUGAUGCCGGUCACACCGCAAUAAUCCUCCUAUGCCAGGGACACGAGUAAGCGUCGGUACCUGCAGCAUCCCACCUGCAGCACACCUUUUUUUUCUUUUCCCUUCUUUUCUAUUCUUCUCUGUCUUGUGCUCUAUAGUUCUUCUUUUUUUCUUUUUUCUUUUAUCCACUCCGGAGUUCCUCCGUCUGAUUCAUCAUAAUCCAGCUUUUUCCUCCAAAUCAGCUGAUCGUCCGGUUCCCACCGACCUGGUCACGUACUGUAAUAUACAAUACCAUCCUGAAACUCCGCCAAACGAUCCAUGGAAAAACACGCAAAAGGCGCAAAUACACUUUACGCCAUGGUUUCAUCGCGAUGUCUUUGCAGCACUUCAGCUUCAACUUUCUUCCAUCUGGAAGUUCUCCGUAUCUAGAAAAGAAGUCAGGAUCGUCCCUUUUCGUUGCUCUCUCGAUCCCAAGUCCAUCUCGUGUUCUCCAUCAUUCGGCUCCUGACGAUCUUUGUGUCUAGACCAGAGAUAAGAUGAUGAAUGGAAAUCUCCCUACGGCAUCCCCCGAUCUUAUGGCAUGAUAUGAUGAGAACUACGACUCUAUCUUAUGAUAUGAUCUUCUACUAAUAUAAUCCCACGGCUCAAAGCACAUCAUCGUCCUUCAUUUUGGCAUCUUGGAUCUAGUUAUGC